AUGUCUCAGAAAGUGCGACGUUCCUACAGUCGCUUGGAAAUGUCACUGAAUGGUGGCUCAUUUCUUUACAGUCCCACCAGAGAGACUGACUCAGAUACUUCCACUCCAAACCCAGCCCCGAAAGCAGGGCGUAAGUCACUUUUUGGGUUUGAUAAACUUCUUAGUUCUGAGAGCCCAGAGGAAGAAGCAGAGAAAAAAAAAGGAGAGGAAAGUAAACAGACAAAUGAAAGUGCAAGUGGAACAUCAAUGAAACUCCCUGCAGAAGAACCAGACCUCAAUAUUCCUGGAAUAGCAUUAGCUAAGCGGAAGAGGAGGAAACGGAAGGUUCCACAAAUUGAGGUAAGAACUCUCAGUAUUAUCAGCCAUGCAGAACGCUACUCGUGA